AUUCCACCUCCACCAGCUCUGAUUCCACCUCCACCAGCUCCGAUGCCACCUCCGCCAGCUCCGAUUCCACCUCCACCAGCUUCGAUUCCACCUCUACCAACUCAGAUUCCACCUCUACAAGCUCCGAUUCCACCUCCACCAGCUCCGAUUCCACCUCCACCAGCUGUGAUUCCACCUCCACCAGCUCCGAAUCCACCUCCACCAGCUCUGAUUCCACCUCCACCAGCUCCGAUCCUCCGAUUCCACCUCCACCAGCUCCGAUUCCACCUCCACCAGCUCCCAGAGCUCCAGGUCCGGCACCCAGAACUCCGGCUCCCAGGGCACCGGCUCCCAGAGCUCCGGAUCCCAGAGCUCCAGCUUCGGCUCUCUAGCUGA